AUGGAGUACGAUAACCGCGAAGCUGUAGCGGAGCUGCGGCACCGCAGGUCGAUGCCAGAUGUUCCUUCCGACAUUGACGACCAGUCGCUCAUGGAGCACUUCAACGACCCCAACUACGACUUCGACGCUCAGUCGUACUCAAGCACAUACUUCACCGACCGCGAGACGGGCACCAAGGGUUUCUCGGAAAAACGCUCCAGCUUUGUCGGCACAACUGACAUGGAGACCGAGUCCCAGCUCUCGUCCUCCUGGCCUGCUGGAAGCUCCAAGGGCGAUUUUGCGGGCGAGGAGUACCAAGAUGACUCGCCUUACCCUGAAGUUCGUGCUGCAGUAUCCAAUGUCGACGACCCCAACAUGCCUGCAAGCACUAUUCGGGCCUGGAUUAUCGGCUUCUUCGUCACCGUGAUUGUAUCCGGAUACAACUCUUUCAUCCAGUUCCGCUAUCCAUUUGUUUUGAUCAACGCGCUACUCAUCCAAGUCGCUGUGUACCCCAUCGGCCUCUUCUGCGCGCGAGUCCUCCCCGCAUGGCGCAUCAACAUCUUUGGCUUCCGCGCCUCCCUCAACCCCGGUCCCUUCUCGAUCAAGGAGCACGCUCUCAUCACGAUGAUGGGCAACGUAGUCAUUAACGCAUCGAACGUCUCGGACGUCGUCAACGUCGAGUUCGCGUUCUUCAACAACGCGUGGCCGUUUGGACAGCAACUCGCGCUUUCGCUCGCAGUGCAGCUCAUCGGCUUCGGCGCUUCCGGUUUCGUCCGCCAGUUCCUUGUCUGGCCUGCGUCCAUGAUCUGGCCCGGUAUUCUCGUACGCACUGCUCUACUCGGCGGUCUUCACAAGACCUGGGGUCUCAAGGAGGUCGGUCACCGCGUCACCCGCGCCCGCUUCUUCGGCUUCGUCAUGCUCGGCAGCUUUGUGUGGUACUUCAUCCCGGGAUACCUCUUCACCGCGCUCAGCUACUUCAAUUGGCCGUGCUGGAUCGCACCGGAAAACAUCGUCGUCAACUCGCUGUUCGGCACCGUCUCCGGACUGGGCAUGGGUCUGCUCACCUUCGACUGGUCGCAGAUCACGUUCUUCAACUCGCCGCUUGUUGUCCCGUUCUGGGCUCAGCUCAACGUCUUCGUCGCAUUCGUCAUCAUGAUCUGGUUCGUCGCACCCAUCAUGUGGGCGAAGAACGUUUGGCAUGCGCAGUUCAUGCCUAUCUCCGGCGCUGCGACGUACGACAACACGGGCAACUACUACAACGCCUCGGCGAUCUUGACGAACAACCUCUUCGACGAGGUCAAGUACCAGCAGUACAGCCCUAUGUUCAUGCCCAUCGUCUCGGCGCUCACCUGGGGCUGCUCCUUCGCCGUCUUCGGUGGCCUCAUCGUCCACACUUUCUUGUGGUAUCGUAAGGAUCUUGCGCGCCAGUUCCGCUCCACUUUGCGCAACGUGCCUGAUGUUCACUCGCGUCUCAUGGCGAACUACUCUGAGGUCCCUCGCUGGUGGUACGGCGCUCUCGGCGUGAUCGCCUUCGCGCUCGGCAUCGUCGGCAACGAGGUCGCGCACACCGGUCUUCCGGUCUGGGCAUACAUUGUUGGCGUGCUUGUCGGCAUCAUCUUCAUUCUGCCCAUGGGAAUCCUCAACGCCGUCUCGAACCAGCUUAUCGAUCUCAGCGUUCUUGCGGAGCUCAUGGCAGGCUUCAUGGUCCCUGGAAACCCCGUCGCGAACAUGGUCUUCAAGACGCUUACAUACUCAGUCACCUAUCAGGCACUCAUGUUCACCGGUGACGCCAAGAUGGGCCACUACCUGAAGGUGCCUCCGCGUGCGAUGUUCUCCGCCCAGGUGUUCGCUGCGGUCGUCGGUGUCUUCGCUAGUGUCGGCGCGCAGACUUGGGCGCUGUACAACAUCAACGACAUCUGUGACCCGGAUCAACCGCAGAUGUUCAACUGCCCGCUGACGAGCGUCUUCGAGAGCUCCGCGCUAUUGUGGGGUAACAUCGGCCCUAAGCGCGUAUUUGGCCCUGGCUCGACGUACUACCCGGUGCUCUGGUUCUUCCUCAUCGGAACGGUACUCCCGAUCCCCUUCUACCUGCUCGCACGCCGCUACCCGCGCUCCAUUUUCCGCUACAUCCACGCGCCCCUCGCAAUCGGCACGCUCGUCAUCGUCCCGCCCGCUACCGGCAUCAACUUCGCAUCCUUCUUCCUUGUCGGCGCCAUCUUCCAAUGGUUCAUCCGCCGCCGUCACUUCCGCUGGUGGAUGCGCUACAACUACUUGCUAUCCUCCGGAUUGGACGCCGGUGUGAUCAUUGCGAUGGUCGUCAUCUUCUUCUGCUUGCAAUUGCCGAAGGAGGGAAGCAUCGUCGUGAGCUGGUGGGGUAACGACUUCUGGCAGACGACUGCCGAUGCACUCGGAACACCGCUCAAGUUGCUCGCGCCAGGCGAGAUCUUCGGACCUAGUCAAUGGUCAUAG